AUGACUGGCCCCUCUCAAGUUGGCUUUUCCAGGAAAUGGAAUCACUUCCGCCGAUAUGCCUCUGAGUCCCCCUACCCCGAUUUCAGUGAGCCCUCGCCGGAAGAGUGUUACCGCGUCAACCGCAUCCUGACCAAGCUGCACGGUCCCCGCGAUCCGCUCUCCAGCGAGGCAUUAGACGCCGACGGGCUUGAUGGCCGCCCCAGCCAGUUCCCGGACGUUCUCCACGGUCUCAUCUACGGUGUCUUGUGCCAAGCAACCAACGAGCGGAACGCAAUCCGCCAGGUGCAUGGCUUGGAUAAGGUCUACGGGUCCUGGAGGAACUUUUCCGCCAUCGCCGAGGGCGGCGAGUCCAAGCUUCGAGAGACCCUGGCCUACUCGGAGGCGAUGCAGGACCUCCUCUCUUAUUAUGGGGUCGGUCCCAAAACCGCCAGCUGCGUGCUUGCCUUGACGCUGCAGCGCCAGCGUUUUGUGGUUGAUACUCACAUCUACCGACUGACCGGAGAACUGGGCUGGAGGCCCUCCCGGGCAUCCGCGGAGCAAGCCCGCGCCCAUCUGGAGCAGAGGAUACCCGACGGUCUGAAGUAUUCUCUGCAUCUGCUGUUCAUUUCACACGGGAGAGAAUGUCCACGCUGUCGCGCCGGUGGUGACCAGAGCUAUCAAUGUGAGCUCAUGUGCAAAUUGGAGGAGGAACAAGCAGAGUAAACCUGGCCCUCUCGCUUUAAUGAAUCAUGUGAUGUGGAUCUUUCCUUUUCUGAAUGCGAGAUACUGUUCUC